AAAAGGAGCGCCUUCAUAGACUGAGCCGCAGAACUGAAGAGGAGAAGACAGUCAGUCCGCAGGCACCGCGGAGGAAACACAGCCGAGCAUUUUUAAAGAAGCAGCGAUGGCAGCUGGGAGAAUGCGCUCCACUCGCAGACUGCGCUCCUGGAUCGUCGAGCAGGUCAGCAGUGGGAAAUAUCCAGGGCUGGUGUGGGAUGACGAGGCCAAAACCAUGUUCCGCAUUCCCUGGAAGCACGCGGGGAAGCAGGACUUCCGCAAAGAUGAAGACGCCGCGAUCUUCAAGGCGUGGGCAGAGUUCAAGGGGAAGCUGACAGAUGGGGGCCAGGACAACCCGGCCGCUUGGAAGACCCGUCUGCGCUGCGCCCUCAACAAGAGUCCUGAGUUUAAGGAGGUGAUGGACCGAGCCCAGCUGGACAUCUCAGAACCGUACAAGGUGUACCGCCUGGUCCCCAUCAGCGAGCAAGGUGUGGUGGUGCCUGAAAAGAAGAGCAGAGAAAAAGCCUCCAGGAGGUCGAAAAGGAGGAGAAGCGAUUCAGACAGCGACGACGCCAUAGAUGACAAACAGAUAAAGAGGGAAGAAGCCACGUCUCAGCUGUCUGUGGAGGAAAGCCCCGUCCAGACGGAGGAGCCCACUCAGUGCACCUUCAUUCAGACGGACUCGGUCGAUGAGAUCAGGUUGGACGUGCGGAUUGAGGAGAGUGUGACCGCUCCUGUAGGAGCCCAGGACUCCUUCAAUGUGGCAGUUUACUAUUUAGGACAGGAGGUGCUCAAACGUCAGAUUCAGGGCACCGAUGUGCGGAUAACGUACCCGCCCUCCUCGCUUAUUCCCCCCACGCCAGCUGCCCUGAAAGCCAGGUUCCCACGCAUCCCGCUACCCGAGCCGCCCUCCACGUUGCCGGCCGGUCCGGAGCUGCAGGCCCUCUUCACCCUACUCCCCUUCAUGGAGAAAGGGGUGGUGCUGACCUCCACUCCGCAGGGAGUUUACGGCAAGAGGUUCUGCCAGGGGCGGGUCUUCUGGACGGGGCCGCACACGACCAUGCCGGACCUGCACAAGAUGGAGCGAAACACAGAGCCGGUGCUCCUUUUCAAUAAAGAAAUCUUUAAGCAACAGUUGGACCACUUCCGUACAAAUGGCGGCGAGCCUCCCCAGUGUGGCUUCACCCUGUGUUUUGGAGAAGAGCUGAGUAACUCAGAGGACCCUUCCAAAAAGCUGAUCAUUGUUCAGAUCACUCUACCGUGGGAAGAACAGCAGGUACAGAACGCUCAGUCCAUCUUUGAAUCCAUCACCAUCCUCCAGUCUCUGGCCAGCCAGUCCCCGCUGGGAGAAAUAACCCUGAACCUCGUCACGGUGCCUUCGCCAACCAACGAGAGCAUCGGCUGCGGGACUUUCUAAGCACUUUGAUGGGUGGCAUUUGAAAAAUGAGACACAUUUCCCCCUUAUUAUAAAUCCGACAGCUAGAAGGAGUUUUUUCUUUUAUUAUUCUAAUUAAGACAGAUUAUAAUAAGAUAUCAAAACAGGAACCUGCAGUUAUUUUCUGUGUCAAUUGUUUGUUUUUUUCAUAUUGCCCAAACUUGUUGCACAGAAACGGAUGCAUAGCAUUUAAGAGAAAUAGGAAAUCAAAUGGUGAACUAAUAUAAAGGGGACCUAUUCUGCUUUUCCUUAUUUUUUGCCACAGUGGUCAAAACCCAUAUGAAACAAGUUUGACAAACUCAGUUUCAAACAAGAGUAGAUUUACCCAAUACUGUCAUAUUACACACAUAGUUUUGACCGUUGGCACAGAAACAGCCCUCACUGGAAACAGGAACUGCAGGUUCCUGUUUCCAAACGUUUAAGAGGGGCAGCCAAUCAGAAAAAAAGCUGGCUUGAAGAGGGAGGAGCAUUUGGAUAAGAGGGUGGAGUGACUAAAACUGUAGCACAGACUUGUGCCUCACAACAGGCUGUAUUCUUUAUCAGACAAUAGCAUCAACAAUGUUAAAAAUGCUAAGAGAACAAAAGAUCGCGUUUACAGGAGAAACUUUCCAUUCAGACUAAAAUACUUUUUGUCUCAGGCUGUUUUUAUACUUUCAGGUGCUGUAAAGCUGAGAAUUUUAACACGGGGAUUGACUCCCUUUUGUAACCAGCAGCCUCAAGUGGCCAUUAAAGAAACUGCACCUUUUGACGCUGCUGCAAGGCGUCCUGUAAAACAAAUAGGACUUAUUUUGAACUGUGAAUCAUGCAAAGCUCCCAGAGUAAAAACAGAGUUGGAAAUAAACAUUAAUAGGUCCCCUUUAAUAUCAGUUUUGGGGUGCACCUUCUUUUUCAUUUUAGAUAUUAGUUAGUGUACUGGAAACACUACAUGAAAGCCAACACUUGGAAGCUUUUUAUACUCAUCGUGCAUCUCAGAAUGUGAUGUAAGCAGCAUGCCGAUCAGAGCUGAGCAAUCAUCUUCCUGUAAAUUCCUCUCAUUAACUACUGGGUCAUUUUAGAUAUUAUAAGUCUAUUGUUUUGGUUAGGGAUUGGGGGUGGGGGGUCAUUUGGAGCCAUUUAGUACUGUAGACACUGCUUAAGUUGUGUUGAUGAAAAUUGUUUAUACCACAGGACUAGAUAGAAGUUUCACUGUACAAUCAAAGGAAAAAAAAGCAUCAUAAUAGCCUGUAGUAGU